AUGGGCGCAUGCCGGAAUAUUGGGCGGCCCAUCUUUCCAUUUAUAUCCCACACAGCCACGUUCGUCCGCGAAGAUGGCCGGCUGUCGGUCACGAGCUACGAGCGCGACGCCGUUGCUGGCGACUUGGGCCAGCUGGGCACGAGCUUCCGGCACGUCUGGAGCGCGGGGGCAUCCACGCCGAGCUACAUCGACGAUCUUCUGGCCGUCAUUCAGGAUAUAGGCGACUUCACCGUGGUGGUCGAGAACCACGCGAGUGGCAGGUGGGUGCCGCGCACGUCUCCCGUAAUCAUCGACCAGAGAAACUAUGUCCAGCACAGCUUGAUGUCCCUGCCCUCCGCGGAGGAACUCCUCGCCCCGAACACCACGGACGUCGCGCUGGACGAUUCCCAGUACGAAACCUGCCGGCUGGCCUGCAUCAUCUACUCCUUCCUCGUCGUCUUCCCCGUCCCACCGGUUGUGGGACCCUUUGAAACCUUGAUCGACCGGCUCAAGAGCGCUCUGCAGACGACCGAGUGGAAGAGCUUCGGCCGCCCGCGACGGAAGUUGCAUCUGUGGACUCUCAUCAUGGGGGCCAUCGGGUCGAUUGGGCUGCCUGACCGGCCGUGGUUCCUGCUCCGGAUCAUGGAAGUGUUGGACGACGGCUUCAAAAUGGCCGGGUGGCAAGACCUGAAGGGCUUGUUGCAGUCGUUCCUGUGGCAUCCGCGCACGAGCGAUCUUGACGGCCUCGAUGUUUGGAAGGCCGUUCAGGUGGGAGUCAAUGUGCCAGACGAGAUAUGA